UGAAAGUACUGAGUAUAUUUGUUGUGUGGCGGUGGUGGUGUGAGUGUACCCUUGCCAUUAGGAGCUGCCUCAAACAAUGUCUGCACAACUGCACAGUGACCCCCUUACCUUGGGGAGUCUGCAGAAUGGGGAAGAGGAGGGCAGCUUCCUGUUACUGGAUGAAGAUGAAAAUCUUAAGGUACAAAGUUUGUCUGACUUCCUCAAGAAACUGGGAUGUAGCCAACAGAACUCAGUCAAAGUUCUCUGCAUUUUUGGCAACACUGGUGAAGGCAAGUCUCAUACCCUUAAUGAGACAUUUUUUGAAGGUCAGCAGGUGUUUAGAACCUCACCAUCUCAGUUCUCCUGUACAGUGGGAGUUUGGGUAGCUUAUGAUCCAAAGCUGUCCCUUGUUAUUUUGGAUACAGAAGGUCUUUUAGGAACUACAAACAAACAGAACCAGAGAAUGAGACUUCUCAUUAAAGUCCUAGCUGUAUCGGAUGUGGUGGUCUACAGGACACGAGCAGAAAGGCUACAUAAUGAUAUGUUCCAGUUCCUUGGAGAUGGUUCAAAAGCUUACUUGAAGUAUUUUACUCCAGAAUUCAGGUCGUUGUCUAGUCGAUAUGGACUUGAUGUUACAUUGUCCAGUCUGGGUCCAGCCCUUAUUAUCUUUCAUGAGACAUCAAGGACAGAUCUUCUGGGCCAUGGCAGUAAGGCUCUUGGACAAGCAGAGCUUGAGCUUCAGAAGAGAUUCCAUGAACUUGGUGCCACUCCAGAGGCCUUUAGUUCUAUUCGCUAUGUUGGUGUGAAAACUGUGAUACGCCCUACAAAUUUCUCUAUGUUGAAUGAGGCUGUGAAGAAGCAAAUCUUGGACACAUCUACACGGUCAUCCCGUCCUCUUUCCCAUGUUUUUACAGCUCUUCAGAGGCUGACUGAGUGUUUCUCUGGCAGUAUCCCAGAAAGCCAGAUUAAUGUGACCUCCAUCUUUCCUGAUGAGUACUUCACCUGCUCCUUGCAUUGCCUCAGCUGUGGCUCUCGAUGCAAGAAUAGAAUGAACCACCUAAAGGAUGGCGUCCCACAUCAAGCAAAUAGUCUGUGUCAGUACACUCAUGAGUAUGCCAAUAAAGUUUUCAUUUGUAAGAGAUGCUAUGAAGGGGGAAGAGAGAUGAUUAUAAUUCCUAAAACUGUGGCUUCAAGAGACAACCCCUGGAUGGGACUAGCAAAAUAUGCCUGGUCUGGAUAUGUCCUUGAGUGCCGUGUGUGUGGUAUUAUCUACCGAAGUCGACAGUACUGGUAUGGGAACAAAGACCCUGAUGGAUCCAUAGUACGGCAGGAAGUGCGGCAUGUUUGGUCCCGGGAUAAUGAAUGCACUAUGGACCAUCAUAAUGCAGCUCAGCGCUUACUGGAUGGAGUCAAUAACAUUGUCCAGACUGUGAAUGACUACAGCAUUGGCCCCAAGACAACAGUCUCUUCCUGGCUGACAGACCAGGUGGCUCCUGCAUACUGGAGACCCAACCAUCAGAUCAUAGAGUGUUAUGGCUGUACAAGAGCCUUUGAGAUGGCUGAGCGGAGGCAUCACUGCCGAGCCUGUGGAGAGGGAUUCUGCCAUGAUUGCUCAGACCGGACCAUGCCUGUUCCCGAAAGAGGCUGGGGCUUAUCUCCUGUGAGAGUCUGCAGAAAAUGCCACAGUCUGCGGAAAGUGAAAUCUCCAGACAUGUCAGAAGAUGAUGGAAAGGAUUUGUUACCACGCAGGGUGGCAGAGAUGGCUCAAAGUUCCAUUGAUAAAGUGUCAAGUGUAUUGGAAUACCCUCUUGGAUUCAUGAAAGAGGCUGCACGUCCUAGUUAUUGGGUGUCAGAUGAAGAGAUUUUUGGAUGCCACGAGUGUAAGAAGCCUUUUACCCCAAAUAUGUCAAAACAUCACUGCAGGGCAUGUGGACAGGGUUUCUGUGAGUCAUGUUCAUGUCACAGGCACCCAGUCCCUUCUCGAGGCUGGCAUCACCCUGUCAGAGUAUGUAAUUCAUGCUUUAAGAAGAAGCAGGAGCUUUGAGGCGAAGAGGCCUGGAAAUGUGUAAGAAGUUUUCAUCUGUAGCAAGAUUUAAUGGCACCAUUCCUGAUAAUGGUCUUUAAUUAAUGAAAUGGCCAUCAUGAUGUUUGGGAUUGAGAAUGCUUGCUUUAUUCCUAGAGAUUCCACUGCCCAUAUUUAGACAGAAUGGACGCCACAGGGCUUAUUUACCAAUCCUACAGACAGGCAGAAAGUACAGGACUCCCUUGUAUCUAGUGACCCCCGAUGUUUCUUAGCUUGAUAGGUCUCUAAUCUGCAGCACCACUAAACACAAGCAGUGUCACAUUUGAAGGAAGGUGCUCCUCUUUAUGCUCCAUACUAAGAGUGCAAAGAGUGGUACAUCAGGGCAAUACCUGUGGAUCAAGUUUCAUCUUCAUCUGCCCCCUUCAAAUUGCCCAUAGUUUAAUCAAUAUGACCUCAAUUGUUAGGUCAGUUGUCAGUUUAUUCACAUGCAUGUAAAUGGCAAUAUUUCAGCACUUUUUGGAAGGAAACAGCUGCUAAGAAGUAGAAUUCAUUUCUUUUUUUCCAUUCAGCUUAUUUGCACUUUGUUUUCUACAUUGAAAACAUAAAAGAGAGAGACACUUAAAAUGGCUUUACACUGUGAUAUAGUCAGCUAUUUAGGUCAUUUCAUCUAUAUUGGUUGACCUGAGUUCCUGUGUGGCCUAUACACACAGGGCCUACAAUGAGAUCGUACAGUCUGUUGUUUAUAACUGAAGAUUUCUUCAGUCUACAACCUAUGGAAUUGCUUUUUUUGCAAGUAAAUGUUUAAUUUAAAUAACUCUUACUAAUAAAGUACUGCACUGAUUAUUCAUCCUUAGUAGAUCUGCAUUGAUACAUUUCAGCAGGAGCUUCAAUUAUACUUACAUCUGCUAAGGUGGUAUUCAGAGACAGUAUCAUUAUGACCUUUGUAGCAGUUGUGAUAUAAUUAGAUUACACUUGCAAAUAAAAAAUAAUUUUAAUAAA